CUCAGGUGGUGCGGUCGGGUUUGGAGCAGGAAGUGGAAGACUGGGGCCAGGAAAGCUGACGACUUUUUCUGUAUAACUAUUAUCACAUUCUUUAUACGCGUUAUUUACUUAAAGAACACUUGCAUUAAGGAAGGCAUCGAAGUACACUGUCAUGUGGAAGGCAGCUGCAGGUCAGUCCGUCUCUGUUGCAGUGGAUGAUGGAGGAGAUGAUUGGGAGACAGACCCGGACUUUGAGAAUGAUGUAUCAGAGAAGGAGCAGCGCUGGGGUGCCAAGACUGUGGCUGGCUCCGGCCAUCAGGAACACAUCAAUAUUCAUAAGCUGCGUGAGAGAGUGUCGUCUGAACACAGUGAGCUGAAGCAGAAGGAGCUGGAACACAUGCCCAAAGCGUCUCACGGUUAUGGAGGGAAGUUUGGACUGCAGCAGGACCGCAUGGAUAAGUCUGCCGUGGGACACGAGUAUCAGAGCAAGCUGUCCAAACACUGCUCCCAGACGGACACCUCCAAGGGUUUCGGAGGUAAAUUCGGCGUGGAAGCUGACCGUGUUGACCAGUCUGCCGUGGGCUUUGAGUAUGCCGGGAAAACCGAAAAACACGCUUCGCAGAAAGACUACGCCACGGGGUUCGGGGGCCGCUACGGCGUGCAGGAGGAUCGCGUGGACCAGAGCGCUGUCGGCUUUGAUUAUCAGGGGAAAACAGAAAAGCACGAGUCACAGAAAGAUUACACCAAAGGCUUUGGUGGCAAAUUUGGAGUGGAGACGGAUAAAGUGGACAAGAGCGCCGUGGGCUUCGAGUACCAGGGGAAGACUGAGAAACACGAGUCUCAGAAAGACUAUGUAAGGGGCUUCGGAGGGAAGUUUGGCGUUCAGACGGACCGUCAGGAUAAGUCUGCGGUGGGAUGGGAUCAUCAGGAGAAACUGCAGCUGCACGAGUCACAGAAAGACUAUGUAAGGGGCUUCGGAGGGAAGUUUGGCGUUCAGACGGACCGUCAGGAUAAGUCUGCUGUGGGAUGGGAUCAUCAGGAGAAACUGCAGCUGCACGAGUCACAGAAAGAUUAUGCCAAAGGAUUCGGCGGGAAGUAUGGUGUGCAGAAAGACCGAAUGGACAAGAGCGCCGGCAGGUUUGAGGAGGUGGAGAAGCCGAGCGCGGCGUAUCAGAAGACCCGUCCUGUGGAAGCAGCUGGCAGCGGCGCUGGAAGUAUUAAAGCUCGUUUUGAGAACAUUGCGAAGCAGAAGGAGGAGGAGGACCGGAGGAGAGCCGAAGAGGAGCGCGCUAGACGACAGGCCAAAGAGAAGCAGGAGCAGGAGGAGGCGCGCAGAAAACAAGAUCUGCUCGUGGAGCCCGUCACUGAGGCGGUGGAGAACGGUGCAAACCUCUACGAGGUGGAGCCGGUCUCAGAAGAACCCACAUAUGAAGAACCGGUCCAGGAAGAGCUGUACCAGAACCCUGAGCCGGACGAGCAGAACCAGACCUCAGGUGCUCAGUCGUACGAGUUCGGGGAGGAUCUUGGCAUGACUGCCGUGGCUCUGUACGACUAUCAGGCUGCGGGAGACGACGAGAUCUCCUUCGAUCCGGAUGACGUCAUCACCAACAUCGAGAUGAUCGACGAGGGCUGGUGGAGGGGCGUGUGUCGGGGCACAUACGGACUCUUCCCAGCCAACUACGUUGAAGUCCGACAGUAGACUCGCUCCAUGCGCUCUUUACACGGCGGACGUCGCUGAAGGAGAGUCAUGCUUCCAGUCCAUUAUCAGCCCUGCUUUCUCUUCUGUCACUGUAGCAUGUCGAGCGUUCGCCGGUCAUUCUGCUUCCUUCAGCUCAACUCUCACUUCCUGUUUCACGUCAGCAGGUGUGUGCGCUUCACUGGAUCCAAGAGAUUUUAUGACACAUCUGAGAGUUUCACUCACACACACAUAUAUACAUCAGUAUGUGAAAUAAGAGACCAGAGAUCCGAUCUUCUGGCAUGUUUUAGAGAAAUAAUGUCACACAGACGGCUUCUUUGACUCCUAAAGCUGCGUCCGUACGAACACUUUUAGCUCAUUUCCGUGUCUUUUUGCAGUGUUGGAAUAGGGAGCAUCUGAAUUGAUAAGUUUAAAAAUAUGAAUGAUAAUAAUCAAUGAAGGCCAAAAUAUAAUGCCAUAAUCCGUCACUGCUAGAAUUCUGCAUCACGUCUGAGUACAGGAUGAACAGACAUUCCAUCGCAGUGUUUGAAAUCAUUCAUAAAAAUCACUUUGGUAAUAUUUGAAGGGUUGUGUAUUUAAAUCAGAUGUUAAUGCGUUAUGUGGCGUGAACUGUAUGUCUGUCUGAUUUGCAUAGUCUCUGUGUUCUGAUUCAUCUGGACUCGCUCUCGAUGUGGCAGAUUGAUCUUUCUGUGAGUGCAUGACAUUUCUGUCUGUGACGCUGAAUUAUAUCGAAUGAUCUGGUGUUUAAUGACAAUCCACACAGGAGCAGAGGAGUUAAUACUGUUUAAUGGCUUAGCAGCAACUAAUGACAUAAUCUGUGUUUUGUUAAGUAUUUUAGUUAAGUAACCUUUUCAAACAAAUUAUGUGCUUAUCUAUACUGGCUCUCUUUACAAGGCUGUUUUAUAAGAAAUAUCAUUUAAGAAUAAAAAAAUAAAACUAGUAUUCUUAGUAUUUUUCACAGUCCAUUACGCAGCCACACCCUCCGUGUUUGAAACAUUAUUUCUCUUGCAGUAGUUUCCAUCAAGUGCAUGUGUUUGUGAGACGCAUUGAUGCACAGGAACAGAGCUCAACUGGAGCGAUGUUUAUUUCUUUCAGAUUUGUUUGCCAUACAAGGUGUAACUGCGCUCAAACUCGCAAAUCCUACUGUUUUCUUGGUCAUUGCAAUGAGUUAGUAAUUCCAUUUUAGAAGAUCUUACAGCGACAUUAACAACGUGAACAAGUCUUUAAUCAAAGUAAAGCAAAAUAGGUUAAAGUCAAAGGAAAAAAUCAUAGCUAAACAAUUAGGGAUUGACAAAUCUAUAGAUAAACCAGCAGUGUUUUAUCAGGUGAACAUUGUGCUUCUUUAAUGAUGUGAUGGGAACAUUAUCUAAAUAUACACAAAAUGUAUUAUCCAUAGUAUAAAUAUAUUGCUUUUUUUGGAUUUGCUAUAUUAAGAAUCUAUACCCAUUUUAUUUAAACAUUUUACUUUUUUGGCAAACCACACUUAAGUGGGAACAAUACCAUUGAAACUGCAUUUAGAAAAGGCAAUAUAAUAAUAUAAAUUGAAAAUACUCUCUUAUUCUAUUGUAUGCUAUCAGAAGACGAUCUAUUUUAUAAAAUGUCUAUUUUCACAGUAGCAGCAGUGUAUUGGCAAACCUUCGUUCAGGAAAAGCUUGCGAUUUUUAAUUUCUGGCCCACAUUUCAAAAAUAUUGUUCUAUAUUGACUCGUACUCAGAAUCUCAGCAGCAGGUGAUGGCAAACAUAUCGUUUCUCGUUUCAGAGACAUUACCACUAUCAAUACUGCAGUGAGUGGCACAUACACAAAUCUAAAUAAAAAUGUAAAAAGUAAUCAUUGACUCAAUUUUCCCAGUGUAUGUUGGCUAAGAAACAAACAUGGUUCCAAGUUGCAGAAUAACAAAAGCUGCUUAAUAUAGCCUCUGUUAAAGAAAGAAAACCCACUUGACUCACGGAAUCUCUCCAAAACCACAACUCGCAUUAAAAUAGUGAAUUUCCAUUUCAUUCCAAGCUAUUUUUAAAUGUGUAAUUGAUCUUAUUGUGAGCUAUUCAUCUAUGCAUACAUUUCAUUUUUCAUAGUCGUUUUGAUGUCACAACUGGAUCUUCAGCUGAAAUAUCAGACUCUAAUCAUUCAGUCCGUUUGAACUCCACCACUUUCUUAGGCCU